AUGCUCACCAAGUUCGAGACCAAGAGCAAUCGCGUCAAGGGGCUGGCCUUCCACCCCAGGAGGCCAUGGAUACUGGCGUCCCUGCACAGCGGCGUGAUCCAGCUUUGGGAUUACCGCGUGGGCACGACGAUCGACAAGUUCGACGAGCAUGACGGCCCCGUGCGCGGCGUCCACUUCCACCGGUCCCAGCCGCUGUUCGUGUCCGGCGGGGACGACUACAAGAUUAAGGUGUGGAACUACAAGCUGCGGCGGUGCUUGUUCACGCUGCACGGCCACCUGGACUACAUUCGCACGGUGGAGUUCCACGACGAGCACCCGUGGAUCGUCAGCGCGUCGGACGACCAGACGAUACGGAUUUGGAACUGGAUGGCGCGCAACUGUGUGGCGGUGCUGACGGGCCACAACCACUAUGUCAUGUGCGCGUCCUUCCACAUGAAGGAGGACCUGGUGGUGUCGGCCAGCCUGGACCAGACCGUGCGCGUGUGGGACAUCAGCGGUCUGAGGAAGAAGUCCAUGGCCCCCGGGGGGGGAGGCACGGACCCGGACAUGCUCAGGCUGCCGCAGCAGAUGGGCGCCGAUUUGUUUGGUGGAGGAGAUGCUGUUGUGAAGUAUGUGCUGGAAGGCCAUGACAGGGGUGUGAACUGGGCGUCCUUCCACCCCACGAUGCCGCUCAUCGUCUCUGGUGCCGAUGACCGGCAAGUAAAGCUCUGGCGAUACAACGAAAGCAAGGCGUGGGAGGUCGACACUCUGAGGGGCCAUGUCAACAAUGUGUCAUGUGUGAUCUUCCAUGCCAAGCAGGACUUGAUCAUUUCCAAUUCUGAGGACAAGAGCAUCAGAGUUUGGGAUCUGUCAAAGCGGCAGGGUGUUCAAACGAUCAGGCGCGAGCAAGACAGGUUCUGGAUACUUGUGGCACACCCAGAGCAGAAUGUCCUAGCAGCUGGGCAUGACAGCGGGAUGACUGUCUUCAAGCUGGAGAGGGAAAGACCCCCUUACGCGGCCCAUGGUGACACACUGUACUAUGUAAAGGACCGCUACCUGCGGCGCUACGACUUCAAGACCCAGCGCGACAACCCUGUGAUAUCCAUUCGCAAGCCUCCAGCUGCUGGUCUCAACUCUGGGCCAAGGUCACUGUCAUAUAGCCCGGCGGACAAUGCCGUGCUCUUGACCAGUGAUGUGGAGGGGGGUUCUUUCGAGCUGUACACCCUCCCGAAGGACCCCUCCCGAGGUGACUCAGCUCCGGAUGCAAAGUCAGGCCUUGGGGCGUGCGCAGUGUUCAUUGCACGCAACCGUUUUGCAGUGCUGGAGAAGCUGUACAACCAAAUACAGAUAAGGAACUUGCAGAAUGAGAUAACCAAGAAGGUGCAAUCGCCUUGCCCGGUCACGAUGAAUAUCUUCUAUGCGGGGACUGGCAGACUCUUGUGUCAGUCAGAAGACAAGGUGGUCCUAUUUGAGAUCCAGAAUCGGCAAGUGCUGGCCGAGACGGCUGCUGCCGCCAAGUAUGUAGUCUGGAACCAGGAUAUGUCACGGGUGGCCCUCAUCAACAAGCACUCGGUGACCAUUACUGACAAGAUGCUGAACAACUCAUGCACAGUACAUGAGCACAUGCGUGUGAAGAGCGCAGCAUUUGACCCCAGUGGCGUCCUGAUCUACACCAGCCUGAACCACAUAAAGUACUGCCUGCCAAAUGGUGACAAUGGCAUCAUUCGCACGCUGGACGCCCCAGUGUACCUCACGAAGGUUGUGGGCAAUGCUGUGUACUGCCUGGACCGGGAAGGGAAGAACAGGAAGAUCGAGAUCGACAGCACAGAGUUCAUGUUCAAGCUUGCUCUGUCGCGUCAGCAGUUUGACCAAGUGAUGUACAUGAUCCAGCACUCAGACCUUUGCGGCCAGGCCAUCAUUUCAUACCUGCAGGAAAAGGGUUUCCCAGAUGUCGCACUGCAUUUUGUAAAAGACGAGCGGCUGCGGUUCAACCUUGCUGUGGAAUGUGGAAAUAUUGAGGUGGCCCUCCAGUCUGCACAGGAGCUGGAUGACAAGGAGACUUGGUACCGCCUGGGCGUGGAGGCCCUGCGUCAGGGCAACCACCAGAUCGUGGAAUACUCCUACCAGCGCACCAAGAGCUUUGACAGACUGGCGUUCCUGUACCUCAUCACAGGAAAUGUGGAGAAGCUGAACAAGAUGAUGAAGAUCGCAGAGAUGUACAAUGACACAUUUGGGCGGUUUGAGAACGCCCUGUAUCUAGGCGACGUGAGGGAACGCAUCAAAAUCCUGGAGGAGUCGGGUCAGGGACCAUUGGCCUAUGUCACAGCCAAGACGCAUGGGCUGCAGGAAGAGGCUGACAGGUUACGCCAAGACAUGGACUGCGAGCCCGAAGUGGAUUUGAGUGACACAACCCUGCUCCAGCCCGUCACUCCCAUCUUGAGGGAGGCCAACUGGCCCCUGCUGGUUAGGGACAAGAGCCUGUUUGAAGGGGCGCUGUCUGCAGCUGAGUCCAAGGCCAAAUCCAAGAUGGGGGCCAUUGCAUCAGAGGAGAUGGAGGAGAUCGAGGCUGGUGGUGCCUGGGGUGAGGACGAACUGGACUUGGAUGUCGCCAAGGAAGCGGCAGAGAAUGGGGAGGAAGUCGCUGAGGAAGAUGAUGGAGAAGGCGGUUGGGAUGAUGACCUGGCGGACCUGGACCUUCCCCCAGCUGACUUCACAGAGAGCGUGGGGCCCUCAGCAGUGUUUGUGGCCCCCAACCCCGGCAUGCCCCCCUACCAGAGGUGGCUCCAGAAGUGCUCCCUGCCCGCCCAACAUGCUGCAGCUGGCGACUUUGGCAGCACUAUGCGCCUGUUGAACCGCCAGCUGGGCUUUACAACCUUUGCUCCCUUGAAGCCCCUGAUGCUGGACAUGCACAGGGCCACAAGGGCAGCACUCCCAGGGUUGGCCAGCCUACCGCCCAUGCUGUUCGCCCUGGAUGAGUCAUGGUCGGGAGAUAAGGCCACGUGCCCACCCACUGCUCCGACAACGAUCUACACGUUGCCCGGGUUGGAGGAGGAGCUCAAGAAGGCGUACAAGCUGGUGACAUUAGGCAAAUUUUCCGACGCCAUGAAGGCCUUCAUGGGAAUCCUGCAGACCAUCCCCUUGGUAGUUGUGGAGAGCCGCAAGGAGGUGGACGACAUAAAGGAGCUGGUGGGCAUUGCCAAGGAGUACAUCAUUGGUUUGCUGUGCGAGCAGAGGCGCAGGGAGGAGGACAACCCGGUGAGGGCUGGGGAGCUGGCAGCCUACUUCACCCACUGCAAGUUGGAGCCCGUGCACACGGCCCUGGCGCUCAAGUCCGCCAUGACACUGUUCUACAAACUGAAGAAUUUCAACACAUGUGCAGUGUUCUGCCGCCGGCUGCUCGAGCUGAACCCCGCCCAAAGGACGGCCACCCAGGCAAGGCAAGUCCUUGCCGCCUGCGAGAAGAACCCCACCGAUGCUGUGGAGAUCACCUACGACCCACGCAACCCCUUCGACAUCUGCUGCAUUACCUUCACGCCCAUCUACCGGGGCUUCAAGUUCGUGGAGUGCCCCUACACUGGCGCACGCUUCCAGCCAGACUGCAAGGGCCAAUUGUCCCCGCUGGGGGGCAUGGCACGGAUUGGCGCAGAUGCUUCGGGCCUCAUUUGUUCUCCAACGCAAGUCCGAUGA